CCACAUAUACACCCACAAUCGCCCCGCCCUCAGGUCCUGACACACACACACACACACACACACACAGAGUGGCUGUAUCUGCGGCUAGCGAUGCCGAACUGAUUCCUAAUCCCGAAUCUGUGAGAAAAUCAUACCUAAAAACCCGUUUGGAAUAAGCGACUCUGUGGACGGUGAUUUAUUUAUUUUGUCAGUGAGGCGGGGUGUUAGCUACAAAGCUAACCGUACUCAGCGCUGGGGGAAAGUUUGCGCGAGGACCACCACCUUCGGUGCGCGCGCGCGUGUAUAUGUUUUUUUAAUUUUUUCUUCUCUAAACCAAAUUUCACACAGAAAGUUCGGGAAUGUCUCUGUCGGUACCGCAGAACGGACAGGGCGAUAACGAACCCGUUAUCGAGCUUUUUGUCAAGGCCGGCAGUGAUGGAGAGAGCAUCGGGAACUGUCCCUUCUCCCAGCGCCUCUUCAUGAUCCUCUGGCUGAAGGGUGUGGUGUUUAACGUCACCACCGUUGACCUGAAAAGGAAACCAGCAGAUCUUCAGAACCUGGCUCCAGGAACACACCCUCCUUUCAUCACCUUCAAUGGUGAGGUCAAGACUGAUGUUAACAAGAUCGAGGAGUUCCUGGAAGAUGUGCUCAGCCCACCCAAGUACGCUAAGCUCAGCGCCAGACACCCGGAGUCCAACACAGCAGGGAUGGACAUCUUUGCCAAGUUCUCAGCCUACAUCAAGAACUCCAAACCAGAUGGCAAUGAGGCUCUGGAGCGAGGUCUGCUGAAGACACUGCAGAAGCUGGACGAGUACCUGCGCUCUCCGCUGCCCGACGAGAUCGACCACAACAGCAUGGAGGACAUUAAAGUGUCCACGCGCAAAUUCCUGGACGGAGACGAGAUGACGCUGGCUGACUGCAACCUGCUGCCCAAACUACACAUCGUCAAGGUGGUGGCGAAAAAGUACCGAGGUUUCGAGAUCCCCAAAGACAUGACGGCCGUGUGGACGUACCUGAGCAACGCCUACUCCCGCGACGAGUUCACCAACACCUGCCCCAGCGACAAAGAGAUCGAGAUCGCUUACGCCGACGUGGCCAAGAGGCUGGUCAAAUAAACGGCCUUACCAAAAAACACACCCCCUAUAUUUUUUCUUUUUUUUUUUCUUUUUUUUUUUUUAAAUCCCCCAAUACUGGGACUUCUUUAUUCUUCACACGGGAAAAAAAAACACCUACAGACUCUUUUUUCUGUUUCUUUAGAGUAUAAUAACCCAGAGCAUGACACAUUAUAUAUACAUAUAUAUAUUUUCUUCUUCUUCCUAAUUCACACUUCUUGAAGGUCUUUCGUUUUGAAGGUUGUUUUUUUUAAUCUCAAGAGAAGUGCAAGUGUUAAUUUAACCAGUGUGUUAUUGGUACAGCUCAAUAUAGCUCACACACACACACACACACUCCUCUUCCCGUAGCAGCACAGGAGUGUGUAUCCACCAGCCUUUUAUAUCAUUUGGGCAAAACAGAAAGCUGCGUUUCUGCGCUUGUACUGCGAGCAGUUUCUGACAGAUUCCCAUCUAAACAGUGUUGGAAGCUCCAGUGUUUUGUUUUUUGAUUUUUUUUAUUUCAUAGUUUUUUGAGAGUGCUUCGUCAAGCACUGACCUCCUUAUCAGACUCCGACAUGAAGGUAGAAUGAUUUAAAAUGAAAAAAAUUCAGAAUCUGCUUUUUGUUUUGCUCUUUUUUUUUCAUUUUUAGAUAUUACUAACCUUUUCAUUUAAACUCCACCCACUUGCCUGCUUUUUUGUUUUCGGUUUUAUUUUAAAGCAGGUCUGCAUUUUUUUAGUUUCAGGUGUGCUUGGUUUGUACUUUAAUUGUAGACUUAAGAGAAGAAAAAGAAGGAAAAAAAAACGUUUUGUUAGGUUUAGGGUAAAAAUAAUUAGCACUAACGUGUUGAAUGCGUGAACCGGGGUGCCAAAACUUUUGCAGAGGGACCGAACGUGACGAGGAAUCAGAAAAAAAAAUUUGUCCUCCGAAGUACGUUUUUAUUUUUUUCUGACAAAAUUAAAGACUUUUGAGUUCAUGGACCACCUUUUUUUUUUUUUUUUUUUUUUUUUAAAUAAAUAAAUAAAUAAAAA